CUCUUCUGGGGGAAACUUUUUCCACAAGGGCUGAAAAGAUAAAUGUUGCUGCUGGCAAGUCUGUCUUUCUUCAGUGUCGAAGUAAAACUGACCAGAGCACUCCAAACAGAAUAGUCUGGAAACAUAAUGGAAGACUUCUGGUACGGAAAAUGAAACACCAAGUAUUUAAAGGUGAAAGGUCUGUAACAUACAUAUUGAAGGAUGAGGAGACUUUUUCUCUAGAACUGCCAAAAGCAGAAUCAGGACAAUAUGUCUGUGAUGUGGAUGGAAAGCAGGUGGCUACUUAUGAUAUCGAAGUGUGGACAGUUACCGGAUCUAAAAGUGGAUACCUCCUGCAAGGUGAUACUUUAAAGCUGAGUGUGUCUCCUGUCAAAGAUGCCACGAUUGAAUGGUUUGAACCCUACAAUACCAAAGUAACAGGGAACGAGCCACGAUGGAAACGGCACAUGGGUAGCUUACAGAUAUUAAACCUUACAGUUCAGGAUAAUGGGAUAUGGAAAUGUCACAUCUCUCAUCCCGAUUAUAAUAUCAACCUCUCCUACAAUGUCAAAGUACUAGGUUUUUCCAAUCCAUUGGAUGAGUUCCAUUUUGCCACUAUCAACAGCAGCAUCCUCCUUUCCUGUCCUUUGAAUAUUGACCUGCAAGAAAAAAGAGAUCAGGAGAUUCCAAAAGUCCAGUCUUGGAAAUGGCUUAAGAAUAAUAUUCUCAUGACGGGGCCUUACAUAAACAACAAUAGCUCUUUCUCUUUAUCCAAUGUCCAUUCUGGAGAUGCUGGACAGUACCAAUGCCGUCUUGGAUUUAAACAUGGAACUUUGAGUAAAACCAUCAACCUAAUAUUUGUGAACGUCUCUGCUAUCCCUCCUGUGCUCAAAUCCAAAGAAGACAGUGUGACCUUGUGUGGUCAUAUCACUCCACUCCAUAUCAUCUCUCCACUGACUGAAUUGUGCUGGGUUUAUGUAAAUAAUUCUACGAGUGAACCCAAAUGUGGCUCUCCCGUUUCAGAGCAUAGAUUCUGUCACAUAGCUACAACUGAAGGACUCUGGAGGUGUGAUUUCAAAGUGAACAACGAUGUGAAAAUCAGUAUUGACUAUAUUCUGGGUAAGUUCCAAGAAAAGCUCUCAAAUGAGACUACUUUAGAGAAUACUUUCUCACUGAUCAAAAUAGCCUCAGGAAUUGGCGCAAUGCUUCUGCUGUUAAUUCUUGUUGGUGUCUGUGUACCUACUUGUAAACGUAUUAAGCAGAAACAGCAACAAGCCAAGAGGAUGGCACAAAUUAAGCAACAUUUGCUUGCCAAGAGGACAUGCCAAUGUCAGAGGGACCUACCUAAUGAUUACUACCACACCUGAAGGAGAAAAAAGCAGAUGUUGAAAAAUCACUGGCCUGACCAUUUACAAUCAUUGACAAUGCAGAGUUACAUGUCAUUCAAAUACUGCUGGGUUGCCUUAACUUUCUAUCUGAUAUCCAUAGUGCUGUAAUCAUUUGGGCAAGUCUGUAU